GAAAAUGGAAGUGACUUGCUCUUCACCGUUAUCAGUUCAUCAGAUGGAUCUUUCUCCUCUUCAGACUCAUUAUCGCCGGUCCAAUGCCUCUGUUUUGUCCGCGAAGUUCAAGACAGCAUCCGAUUGUCAUGGCCGCCGUAGGGUCCUUGCCGUUUGCCCUGUUUCUUCGUAUUCUCCGCCUUCGUAUUCUUUUACUUCCUCCUCCACUUUUGGUAUGUCAAUCUCUCGCUUCAUCAUGCCAUCUCGGAAAAGCCGACGGAGGUUGCCCAUGCCCAUAUCGGCGGUCUUCGAACGGUUCACGGAACGGGCAAUUAAGGCUGUAAUAUUUUCACAGAGAGAAGCCAAGGCUUUGGCGAAAGACAUGGUCUUUACCCAACACCUCUUGUUGGGUUUGGUUGCAGAGGACCGCUCAUCUGAUGGGUUUCUUGGAUCCGGCAUCACAAUUGACAAGGCCCGGGAUGCCGUUCGCAGCAUUUGGACCGAAGAUGAUUAUGCUGCUGCGUCUAAUGACUCAUCCGUUAGCCCUUCUUCUUCCACUCAUAUUCCCUUUUCUAUUAGCACAAAGCGUGUCUUCGAAGCGGCCGUGGAGUAUUCGAGGAGUAUGGGCUAUAACUUCAUCGCCCCCGAACACAUUGCUAUUGGACUCUUCACCGUCGAUGACGGUAGCGCUGGUCGGGUCCUCAAGAGAUUAGGAGCAAAUGCCAAUCAUUUAGCAAUUGUGGCAGUGUCCAGACUUCAGGGGGAGCUUGCCACAGAUGGUAGAGAACCAUUUUCAGCAGCCAGAAGGAUGCGUGGAAAAUCUUCUUCUGGAAAAACAACAAUUUCAAGACCCUCCGAGAAAAGAAAAGAGAAAAGUGCUCUGGCCCAAUUCUGUGUGGAUCUUACCGCUCGAGCUAGUGAAGGACUUAUUGAUCCUGUAAUUGGUCGCAACGGUGAAAUUCAGAGAGUUGUUGAGAUCCUUGGUCGAAGAACCAAGAAUAACCCAAUUCUUCUGGGUGAACCAGGGGUGGGUAAGACGGCCAUUGCAGAGGGUCUUGCAAUUUGUAUUGCAAACUGUGAUGUUCCAAUUUUUCUUUUGACAAAACACAUAAUGUCCUUGGAUAUAGGUCUAUUGAUGGCAGGUGCAAAGGAGAGGGGAGAGCUAGAGGCACGGGUUACUACCUUAAUCAGUGAGAUACAAAAAGCAGGUAACGUCAUUCUAUUUAUUGAUGAAGUUCAUACAAUUGUCGGAUCUGGCACGGUUGGAAGAGGAAGCAGGGGAUCUGGUCUUGACAUUGCCAAUCUAUUCAAGCCUUCUCUUGGGAGAGGCAAAUUACAGUGUAUUGCAUCUACUACUGUGGAUGAACACCGGAAGCAUUUUGAGAAGGAUAAAGCACUAGCUCGACGGUUCCAGCCUGUGCUGAUUAGUGAACCAAGCCAGGAGGAUGCAGUGAGGAUAUUGUUGGGCCUACGAGAGAAGUAUGAGUCUCAUCACAAAUGCAGAUUCACUAUGGAAGCUAUAAAUGCUGCUGUAUAUCUUUCAGCUAGAUAUAUACCAGAUAGGUACCUACCUGAUAAAGCUAUUGAUCUCAUCGAUGAGGCUGGAAGUAGAGCUAGCAUGGAUGCCUUCAAAAGGAGGAAGGAGCAGCAAACUUCUAUACUCACUAAGUCACCAAAUGAUUAUUGGCAAGAAAUAAGAGCUGUUCAGGCCAUGCAUGAUAUGAUGCAGGUGCUGGUGAAUAAAAUGAAUUAUGAUGAUGAUGCUUCAGUCAUCGAUGACGAGGGCAAACUCAUAUCAGAUCCCCUUUUGGCUCCCGCAUUUGAUGAUGAUGAACCUGCAGUGGUGGGACUGAAUGAAAUAGCUGCAGUUACGUCACUUUGGUCAGGGAUCCCAGUUCAGCAGAUCACGGUGGAAGAACGAAUGCUUUUAGUUGGACUUGAUGAGCAGCUUAGGAAACGUGUUAUUGGUCAAGAUGAUGCCAUUGUUGCUAUCUCUCGUGCGAUGAAAAGGUCCCGUGUUGGCCUGAAGGACCCUGACAGACCCAUUGCAGCUAUGCUUUUCUGUGGCCCUACUGGAGUCGGUAAAACUGAACUUGCAAAAGCCUUGGCAGCAUGCUAUUUUGGAUCGGAAGCAACAAUGCUUAGACUGGACAUGAGCGAAUAUAUGGAGCGACACACUGUGAGCAAGUUGAUAGGGUCACCACCAGGUUAUGUUGGAUAUGGAGAGGGAGGCAUGCUGACGGAAGCCAUUAGAAGAAAACCUUUCACAGUUGUAUUGCUUGACGAAAUUGAGAAAGCUCAUCCAGAUAUUUUCAACAUCCUCCUCCAAAUUUUUGAAGAUGGCCACCUAACUGAUUCUCAGGGAAGAAGAGUAUCAUUUAAAAAUGCAUUGAUUGUCCUGACAUCAAAUGUCGGGUCUACUGCCAUUACAAGGGGUGGAAGCGGUUCUGUUGGCUUCUUGAUUUCAGAUGCUGGUGAGUCAAGGUCAUAUGCUAGGAUGAGAACUUUAGUAAUGGAAGAGUUAAAGGCAUAUUUCCGGCCAGAGUUACUCAACAGGAUAGAUGAAGUAGUCGUAUUCCGGCCCCUUGAUAAGACUCAGAUGCUACAGAUUCUAGACAUAAUGCUCAAAGAGGUGAGGGGAAGACUAAUAUCUAUGGGAAUUGGCUUGGAGGUGUCGGAAGCAAUUAAGGACCUUGUUUGCCAGCAGGGCUAUGACCAGAGCUAUGGUGCACGGCCUCUCAGAAGGGCAGUCACGCUUCUAAUCGAGGAUGUCUUAAGUGAAGCGCUUCUUGGAGGCGAUUACAAGCCUGGUGACAACGCUGUUAUAGAUGUGGAUGCUGCUGGAAAUCCAUUUGUCAUUAAUCGCUCAGAUCAGAGUAUCCACUUCGAUGCUACAUCAAUGUCAUAGGUAGGAAUGUAGGAUGAUUAUUUUCAUUUCAUCCUGUAGGUUAAUUCAUAGAAUUUGUAAAUACACAGAAAAGGAAAAUAGUGCGUUGUUCUUUGACUAUUGGAGGCCACAGAUGUCGAGGAACAAU